AGGUUGUGCGGGAGGUUUUUUUUUCUUCUGUGCAGUGUUCGGGUGAAGUGAUGGAGGUCGAAGGAGAAUAAAUUCUACCUUCGAAUAAAUCCUGCAGGAAUAAUUUCAAAGCUGAUGGUUCAAGGCCUCGACAAAUCGAUUCGCGGCUAUGCAGUUCUUCGUAUCCACGGGCCCGAGAAUGCUUCGCGAUGACGCAUAAUGUGGAUUUCGAUGACGAGGUGGACGUGGCGGCGCGGUUCGGGCGCCCUGGCACGUCGUGCUCGCGUGGGACGCGCUCGACGCCGUCGCCAAGCCCCGUCGUUCACGAUUCGGCCGGUGUGCAGCUCGUCACCAAGUCGCCGAGGCCGACUCAGCACCUGCAGUCCCAGGACCUUCUGUCAAAGUGUCUGGCUAUUCAGUUGGUGGCCAGAGACUUCCCGAAUACGUGA